GAUGGCUGUCAGUGUGACGUGGAGCUGCAGCUCAGACAUCAGAGAGUCUCAGGAGGAGCAGCUGAUCACACCUAAACCCCCACAGUGCUGGUGACACAGGAUGGGCAUGACCAUAACCUGAAGCAUUUUUGGGGACGAUUUCUGACAAAAGCUGCGGAGCAUCAUGACAUUUUGGUUGAUUUCCGUCCCGCUGGACAAGACCAGUUCAGCCAGUGCAGAAAAACUGAGGCGCAGCAUCACCAAAAGCCGCCUGGCAUCCUGCUGGAAGUUCUCCAUUCCAGAUCUCAAGGUGGGAAUCCUAGACAGCCUGCUCCGCGUCUCAGAUGAUCUCUCCCAACUCGAUACGCUGACUGAAAGUGUGAUGAAGAGAAUAAGCCAGUGCAUGAAGGAGGUGAUGGAGCCAUCAAGUAACGGAGGGGUGGAGAGUGCUUUAGCCAAUGGAGUGGAGCUGACAAGUUAUGUGACCAAUUUUCAGUGGGAUAAAGCCAAGUAUCCCACAACUCUGCCUCUCUCCAGUCUGGCAGAAAUCAUCAACAAGGAUGUUUCUCAGGUGGAGGCAGAAUUAAAAUCCCGUGCUGCAGAGUACAUCAGUAUGAAAGCCAACUUGCAAAAACUUGAACUCAAGCUGGAUGGAAAUCUGCAAACUCGUAGUCUGAACGGCAUUGUGAGGAAAGAAGACUUGGUGGUGUCCGAGUACCUCACCACUGUGCUGGUAGUGGUGAGCAGAGGGAGGUACCUGCAGUGGGAGAGGAAUUACGAAUCCUUCUCUGACUUUGUGGUUCCACGUUCGAGCAGGAAGCUGUGUGAGGACAGAGAAGAGGGCGUCUUCUCAGUGACGCUCUUCAAAAGAGCUGUGAAUGAAUUCAGAGUCAACGCUCAGGAGAGCAAGUUUGUGGUGCGUGAAUACAGCUGUGAGCAGGAGGAGAAGCAGCAGCAGGAAAUCAUGCAGUUUAGUAUUCACAAAAAGGAACAAUAUGGAAUCUUUGUGCAUUGGCUAAAGGUGAAUAUAAGUCAGGUGUUCAUUGCUUGGAUUCACUUGAAAGCACUAAGGGUGUUUGUGGAAUCGGUCCUCAGGUAUGGAUUGCCUGUCAAUUAUCAGGCUGUUCUGCUGCAGAUUGACAAGAAGCACUCAAAAAAAGUGAGAGAAGAACUGUCCUCUCUGUUUGUGCAUCUGGACCCCACUGGCACUAUGACAGAUAUGUGCUGUGACAUCCCAGAACUCUGCCAGCCGGAGUAUUCCUCCUACAUCUGCUUCCACAUCAGCCCCGACCUGCUGGAGAUCAGCUAGUGGCCCUCGGUGCGGCGCAGCAUGGC